AUGGUAUCAGAAAAUUUCUACAACAAAAAUAAAAUCAAGUAUCUGAAGAUGAUUGCAGGAGGAAAAGCGAAGAAGAACAGCCGUGGAAAGGUGGUCUGGGAGGCCGAGUUCCAGUCCAGCAGGAAGGACGUAGGCAGAAUAGAGCCAUCCAGAAACUGGUUUACAAACACGAAGACCGUCACCCAGGAUGAGUUGGAGGAGUACAGAAACAGUAUCAGGGUCAAGACACCCUAUGAAGUCCUAGUUAGUACUGGAAAUGUCCCAUAUUCCCUAAUUAACAACGACGUGAAAUUCAAAAGGAAGCACGACUAUACCGAUGCAUUUGGAACAAAGCAAGCGAGAAAUAGGGGAAUUAAGAGAGAGUAUAGGACACUUGAAGAGCUAUCACAGCUUGCCAAGGAGAAAGAAGCAGCAAGAAUGAAGGAAGAAGAAAACAAGAAUCCAGUAAACAAAACAAGCAAGUACAACAGCAAGAAGACCUGGAAUGAGAUGUAUAAGGUAUUGGAUGCGUCUGACGUCGUGAUCCACCUCCUGGAUGCCCGAGAUCCAGAUGGAACCAAGUGCAAAUUGGUUGAGAAGUACCUGGAAACCAAGAGGCAUAAACACCUCAUUUAUGUGCUGAAUAAGGUUGAUUUGGUGCCUACUUCUGUGACUGCUGCGUGGCUCCGAGUCCUCUCCAAGUCCCACACUGCCAUUGCCUAUCACUCCAACUCCCUCGACAACUUCUACGGCAAAGAGAACCUCCUUGGUGUCAUCAGACAGCUGAAGACCCUCUACAAGAAGAAGUCGAUCUCAAUUGGAUUCGUUGGGUACCCGAAUACUGGUAAAUCAAGCGUAAUAAACACGUUAGUGAAGAAGGAUGCCUGUAGGGUGGCACCAGUUCCAGGGCAAACAAGGGUGUGGCAGUAUAUUGCACUCAUGAAGGAAGUCUAUCUUAUUGACUCACCAGGGGUAAUUCCAAUUAUGACUGAAAGGGAAUCAAUUCUGUUUGGGGCAGUCAGGGUUGAGAACAUCCUUGAGCCAGACCUCUACGUUGGUGACGUCAUAGCCAAGGUCGGGGCAGAUGCGAUAAGAAAGAGGUACCAAAUUGAGUUUGAGACUGAGGAUGAGUUCUACGAGGCGUAUGGGAGGAAGUACAAGAAGAUUCAGGCUGGAAACAAGGUGAAUGUCGACCUAAUAAGCCGAAGCAUCCUCCACGACUUCAUUCGUGGUCGCCUACGAUACUACACGAGUGCUACUGAAUAA